AUGGCUCUUCUCGCCAUCUUCCUUCUAUCUACUCUCUGCCUCGCACAACUCCAAGACUUCACCCACAGCCAAUGGAAAAUCCCCGGUGCCUCCCUCUCCUUCAAACAGACCAACCUCUGCACCUCGCCCUACACGGGCCACAUCCACCUCCCUCCCAAUCCCACCUCCGCCUUUCCCCACCCAAGCAACAUCUACUUCUUCUAUACUCCAUCGCAGCAUGACCCUUCCACGACCCCUGACCAUCUACCUUGGUGGCGGACCCGGCGCAAGUUCCAUCUCGUCGAUGUACUCCGGGGCAGGACCACGUCUCACUAA